UGUGUCUCUUCUCCAAAAUGUCAGUAUUGUAGUCAUUGAACACAAUAUUUUUAUACAAAAUUAAUUUACGGUUAAAUAUUUAAAUAAAUCAUUGGUUUUUAUAUAAAUUAAUAAAUGGAGGAUAAAUCAAAAAUAAGAUUAACUAAUGGAGUUUAUAUGCCUUUGGUUGGGUUAGGUACGAGUCAUAGCGGGGGAUAUUCUCAUCGGGCAGUAGUCUAUGCCUUAAAAGAUGUCGGUUAUCGGCUUAUAGAUACAGCCAAAAGAUACGGAACCGAAAGUUUUAUACCUCAAGCUAUUGAUGAGAGUUGUGUUCCGAGAGAAGAUAUAUUUGUAUCAACAAAAUUAUGGCCAACAGAUUAUGGAUUUGAAUCGACUAAAACUGCAUUUAAAGGAUCACUCAAUAGAUUAGGCGUUGACUACAUUGACUUAUUUUUGAUACAUUGGCCCGAAGUAUCUUCAAAAUGUAGUGAUAAAUGGGGAACUUUAGUCGAGACGUGGCGUUCAAUUGAAACCUUAUAUGACUCGGGUCUCUGUCGGGCUAUAGGUGUCAGUAAUUAUGGAAUUGAAGAAUUUGAGAAACUUUUACCGGAAAGUAGUAUAACUCCUCAUAUAAAUCAAAUAGAGUUUCAUCCCUUUCACAAUCCCAAUGAUUUGAAACAGUAUUGUGACGAUAAUAAGAUACAGAUUCAGGGCUACUCUCCAUUAGGUGAGGGCUAUCUCGUCAACGAACAGAUUAUCAAAGAGAUGGCAUACAAUCAUAAGCGAACAGCGGCUCAGGUAUUGAUUCGGUGGUCAAUUCAAAACUCUGUCCCAACUAUUCCUAAGUCUACUAAAGAGAACAGAGUUAAAGAAAAUUUUAAUGUAUUUGACUUUCAAUUAAAUGACAACGAAAUGAGUCUAUUAAAUGGCUUACAUGAAGGUCGCAAAUAUAUUGAUAGCUCUAAGAUUAAGGACAAAAUUGAUGAACAAUUGCCCGAUGGAUACAAAUUAGACAUACAUUUAAAUGAAAUGACUAAUAGCUCACAAAAUAACAGACAACAGUCAUAA